GGGUACGAUUUAAAAUAAAUACAUUUCUACUCUACUUAUUUAAAGAAAAAUUAAUAUUAGAAAAACAAACAAAACAAUAGAACUAAGAAACCUACAGUGAUUAGUUAGUUAUUAAAUAACAAAAAAACAAAACAAAUUACAAACAGAAAUUAGUAAAUUACAAAAUAAAUAUUUAAAAAAAAAAAUGAAUGCCCGCUCGCAAGUAUUCGAUUUGACCAUGGAAGGUCGUCAGGUUGAUGAAGCUGUUGCUAGUAUUUUUCAUACGGUGCUAUUCCAUCGCUGCCUUGGUAAAUAUAUGUAUACCGGUGAUGCUCAAUAUUCUAUUGGCACAGUGGGCUAUACCGAUGUCGAUUGUGAUUUCAUUGACUUUACCUAUGUCUGCUGUACUUCCGACAGUCUACAGCGUACCGUUAAUCGGGCCAUCAAUGUAUUCAGUGAGAAAUUACGCUCGAACGAAAGUUGUGGUUCGGGUCAAAUAAGUCUGGAAUUUUUCCAAAAGAAAAAAUCCCGAUGGCCCUUCACGGCCGAAUGUAUACCGUGGGAAGUGUGGACGAUACAUUUGGAUUUGAUAAAGCAUGAAAACGAAGACGAACGUCAGAUGUGCCGUGAAAAUGUGGCCGAUCUGUUGACGGAGAAAGUCAUUUAUAUCACGGAAAUAAUGAAUAGACAUGAUUACGUACCUAAGACACCGAGUCAAAGUGAAUUGGAUUUAAUAUUCGACACCACUUAUCCGGAUGUACAGCCAUAUUUAUUUAAAUUUGUCUACUCCACAUCCGAUACGGCGGCACCCUCCAUGGGCAAUGCCGUAAAGAAAAUCAUUAAAGAGACGCUCGCAUUGUGACGCGUUCUCAAACCGUUAAUUUUAACGAAAACUCCUCAAAUAAGCAGAAGACGAAAUCCUGAUGAUGAUAAUAAUGAAACAGGCAUAGAAACGUCAUUGUGUCUACUAAGUGAUAAACAAAAGUGUAUUAAUCUGAGUUAUAAUAUGAAGUCUCAAGUUUAUUAUAAGCUCUAUGCAAACGUUCAAAGUGAUAUUGAUGAUGAUAAUAGUGAUGGUGGAAAUGAUAUGGCGGAAGAAGAGCAAGUUGGCUUGUUGAUGUCCUGUGCGGAUAAGAAUAAAAAACACAUGAUUGUUUAUUUCAAUCCGGCCAGGAGUGCAACUACUGCUGCAUAUCAACAGCGUGGCCGUAGUUAUUUCUUACAAAAUCUGGCUCAUAAUUUUAUGUUUCUUUGUUUUUGUCGUUCUUAUCAUCAUAAUUAUCAUUAUCCUCCCAGACGUUUGGGUACGUUUUAAGUUAUUGUUUUACUUUUUACUCCAAUUCAGUGGAAUUAGUUAGCAACAGUUCAGUUGUUUUUGUAAGCAAUAUAAAACCUUUUUUAAGGGGUUUAGAACUGUUUCUUUUUAAUCGUAAAUGUAUUUAUUUUUUUUUUGCCUUUAAGUUCUUUUAAGUUGAAUUUUUAAUAAAAUUUAGUUUUUAACUAAUUUUUGUAACUAUUAUGCAAGAAAAGAAAACCUAUUCAAAACGUGAUAAUGAAUAUUAAAAAAUUAAUAAUUUCUUAUUUUUUUUUAUAUGGCAAAAACCAGAAAUUUCAUUAGAGUAUCUCAUUUGU